AUGAGCUCCCAAAUUCGUCAGAAUUAUUCCGCCGACGUGGAGGCUUCGGUCAACCGCCUCAUCAACCUGUACCUGAAGGCCUCCUACAACUACCUCGGGCUGGGCUACUAUUUCGACCGCGACGAUGUGGCCCUGGAGGGCGUGGGCCACUUCUUCCGCGAGUUGGCGGAGAAGAAGCGGGAGGGCGCGGAGCGUCUGCUCAAGUUGCAGAACCAGCGAGGCGGCCGCGUUCUCUACCAGGACGUGCAGAAACCGCCCCAGGAUGACUGGUCCAAAACUCUGGACGCCAUGGAAUCCGCCCUGGCCUUGGAGAAGAGCCUGAACCAGGCCCUUCUGGAGCUGCACGCUCUGGCUUCUUCCCGCGCAGACCCUCACGUCUGCGACUUCCUGGAGAACCACUUCCUGGACGAGGAGGUGAAACUGAUCAAGAAGAUGGGCGACCACCUGACCAACAUCCGCAGGCUGGCCGGCCCGCAGGCCGGGCUGGGCGAGUAUCUCUUCGAAAGGCUCACCCUCAAGCACGACGACUAG